AUGGCUUACGACCGAUACACGGCUGUGUGCAAGCCCCUGCUCUACACCACUACCAUGACCAGGGCGCGUUGCUAUGGCAUGAUGGUGCUGGUGUACACCAUCGGGUUCCUCACCUCCCUGAUGCACAUCACGCUGGCAGGAAGGUUGUCAUUCUGUCAGGCCAGGAGCAUCAACCACUUCUUCUGUGAGCUGCCCACCCUCCUGCAGCUCUCCUGCUCAGACACAAGCACAAAUGAGGUCUUGCUUUUUUACAACACUGUGUUUAACGUCAUGGGCCCUCUCCUGAUGAUCCUGGUUUCCUACACCUACAUCCUCCACACUGUCCUGCAGAUCCCUUUGGCCACAAGGAGGCUGAAGGUCUUCUCUACCUGCACCUCCCACUUGGCUGCCAUCACCAUCUUCUACGCGCCCGGGAUCCUCACCUACGUCCAGCCUCAUGAGGCAUCCUCAUGGGAUCAGGCAAAGCUGGUGUCACUGUGUUACUCCAUCCUCACCCCAACUCUCAACCCCCUCAUCUACAGCUUGAGGAACAAGGAGGUGAAGGGGGCUCUG